UACAGACGGCCGUGCGGCCUCGCUUUCCACAGCGUUCAUCGGCGGCGGCAUGGUUCCCGGUUUUGGUAACUCGCUCCGCACCUUCAGCGCCGGUCUAGUCAGUGUCUGUCGCCUACACACCAGCGCCCCGAGAAAUGAGGCUGUUGUCAUCUCAGGAAGGAGGCUUGCGAGGCAAAUCCGAGGAGAGGCAAAGCUCGAUGUAGAGCGCUGGGUUGCUGACGGCAACAGGAGGCCACAUCUCAGCGUUGUCCUGGUUGGGGACAACCCAGCCAGUCACUCCUACGUGAAGAACAAAACCAAAGCUGCUGCUGAUGUGGGUAUCACGAGUGAAACCAUUCUGAAGCCAUCCAGCAUCACUGAGGAAGAGCUGCUGGAGUUAAUUAACAAGCUCAACAAUGAUAAUAAAGUUGAUGGGUUGCUUGUCCAGCUUCCUUUACCCGAACACCUCAAUGAGCGCAAGAUCUGUAAUGCGGUGUCUCCCACAAAAGACGUGGAUGGGUUUCACGUACUCAACGUCGGCCGCAUGUGCCUUGACCAGAGCUCUAUGUUACCGGCAACACCCUGGGGCGUGUGGGAAAUCAUCCAACGAACAGGAAUUCCCACUCUGGGGAAGAAUGUGGUUGUUGCUGGGCGGUCAAAGAACGUUGGAAUGCCCAUCGCUAUGCUCCUGCACACAGACGGCAGACACGAGAGGCCUGGUGGAGAUGCCACGGUGACCAUGACUCAUCGAUACACCCCCAAAGACCAGCUGAGGGAGCACACCAAGCUCGCUGACAUUAUUGUGGCUGCUGCCGGUAUUCCCAAUCUCAUCACAGCUGACAUGAUUAAAGAAGGAGCUGCUGUCAUUGAUGUUGGCAUCAACCGUGUCCAGGACCCGGUCACCGGGAAGCCCAGGCUUGUGGGUGAUGUUGACUUUGAAGGGGUAAAGAAGAAGGCCAGUUUUAUAACGCCAGUUCCAGGCGGCGUUGGCCCAAUGACUGUCGCCAUGCUGAUGAAGAACACCAUCAUUGCAGCCAAGAAGCUUCUGAAGCAGCUGGAGAACUGAAUAAUUUGCCAUCCUGUGCUGGAGCGGGAGAAAUGAGCUGGAGAGCCCUGCCAAACAUUCCAGUGUACUGUUUACACUUCCCAAUACCAAAGGCUAAUUGAGAGCUGAGUCGUUAUUUAUUGCUCUGUCCUGGAAGUAAUUGGGUUCUCCUGUUUGCUUUGAAUAUAAUUUAUUUGGGAGGACCUUAGUUAAAAGACUAAGGCAUGUGCAAUUUCAUAAAUUUGUUCCAAAGAGGCUUCCUACACCCGUACUAUUCUGUCAAGUUAUUUAGCACGUGUAAAUAAUACAACAAAAAGCUUGUUUUAUUGCUAAGUUCUUUGAAGUUGCAGUGAGGAGACCAAAGUGGAGGAGGGUUCCAGUGUGAAAAGUUUGCACUUCGAAGGCUUCAGUGAAGGAAACCUCACAAAAGUUUUGCUGUAUAACCUCACAGGAGAGUAUUUUAAAGUACUGAAUAGCCCAAAACAGUUAACAUGGGGAGUAGAAUUAUCUUUGCCAGCUGGUGCAGGAGCUGAAUUUGUUUGGACAGUUUUGAUCUUGAGCUCAGAGCAGCCUGUGCUGUCCUGAAAGUGAGGUCAGUGAUCAAGUGUGUGAACCUGUUGGGAGCUUCUGACGUCGACUUUGCGUGCCAGCAGACGCCCUGGCAUUUCCUCCCUGUCCCGAGUAUCUGCUGGUGGCGACUCAAAGCUGUUUUCUCGUGUGAGGUGAGGGAAGUGUCUUGGAAUGAGGAUUACAAUGAUGAACUCUAUUCCAGAAGUACUUCAUGAUGAACGUCGUUGAGAAAGUCUUUUUUCAUGCGGUACAAGAGGUUGCAGCGUGUUCGACAUCACACCCUGAGUAGACAAGAUCUAUCUGAACAAGAUUCACUUGGCUGAAUGAUGUCAUAAUAGUAACUAUUGAUCAAUAUGUGCAAGGAAGCUAAAUCUUCAAGGCCAGCUUAACUAGUUUGAUGGUCAAUUUGUAUAAAUUCUCCAUAUUAUUGUACUGAUCGGCAAUUUGUCCAUGAGACGCUGUACACUCCAGAAAAAAGCCUGAAUUGAAUUGCUUACCCUUGUAUUCAACUGUUGGCAAAAGCAAAAUGUACGACAUGCCCUGUCACUUGCAGAAACAAAGUGAACUGUGCAAUAAAGCUGUUACACAUUCAAAAGUGAAUCUGU